UAAAGCUGUUUUAUAGUUAUCUAUUUAAUUAUUCAAGUGGUAUCGUAAUCCUGUUUUUAUUCACUGUAGACAUUGCGCUGGAACAACAUAUACUAAAGAAAAAAUUACCAGUGUACAGUUAUCUUUAGAUACUUCUUGAUUCGGUUUUUAUCUUUGCCUAUAUAAGUGAUGAUAGUGCGUGUUCUUUGAAGACGGCACAAAAUGUUGAUGCGGACUGUUUUGGUGGCUGUUUUGUGUGUUUGUGUGGGAGUAAGCACGAAAGAUCGGUCAUGUUACUGGAGGGCAGAAUGCCAAGAAACCUUAUUCGCGACGAGGACUCCUUAUGAUACUGUACGAGGAGAUAUACGGGACUGGCCCUUACUUGCGGGCUGCGAAGCAAUCAGCAUGUGGGCACUAGUUCGUCAUGGCAACCGGAACCCUGGUGAUAAAGAGACUAUCAACAUGCGAGAACUGCAGGCUCGUAUUAAAGAUGACAUCAUCGAGCACUUUGAUUACGAGAUGGGAUCCAGCCAAUUAUGUGCACAGGAUAUUGAAAACUUUCGCAAAUGGAAUUGGAACACAACAAUGGACACAUCACCGAGCUAUCUCACUGGAAUAGGAUAUCAGGAAAUAUACGCUCUGGGUUCUCGGAUACGGCAGAAGUAUCCGCAACUUUUAGAAUCACAACUUGGUGUGUACGUGCGACCCACAUAUAAACAGCGAACUGUCACCAGUGCCAUGGCUUUUCUUCAGGCCUUUAAUGAGGGCAACGAAUUAAACCUGACGGCUGACGAGUUUAGACAACAGGAUGACGUAUUAAGACCUUACGACAACUGUCCGCUAUAUAAAGACGAAGUGAAGAAUGGACAGCUCCUCAAUGACCAGCUUGAAGCAUUCUUUAAAACAACUGAAUAUUUACAAGUACAGAAAAGUGCCACAGAUCGUUUGGGGCUUUCGCAGACGUUAUCUGUAGAAGAAAUUUUUACAUUGUACGAACUCUGCCGUUUCCAUCGUACAUGGUCUACACAACAUAAGAGCCCUUGGUGUGCUGCGUUUUCCUCUAGUGAUCUUUUAGUUCUGGAAUAUAGAGAUGACGUUCGUCACUACUACAAGAAUGCCUAUGGCUCCCCGAUCAACGCAAAGCUUGGCUAUCCAGUACUGAAGAAUCUAUACGAAAGCUUAGAAUUAGCCAAGCAAGGACAGGGCAAAAGUAUCGUAACAUACUUUGCCCAUGAUACUCUACUGGGUAUGGUCUACAGUGCCCUCGGGCUAUAUAAAGAUGGCGAAACUAUUACAGCGCAAUAUAGAAAUCCCAACAGGAAUUGGAGGACCUCUCACCUCGCUCCAUUCUCCGCUAAUAUUAUGGCUUACUUAAAUAGAUGUAACGAUGGCUCCUACAAAGUACAAAUAUUUAACAACGAGAAGCCGACACUUCUAUGCCCUCUGGAAGGUUGCACCUGGGACCAGUUUGCCUCCAUAUUCCAGCCCUUCACUGACGCCAACCUGGACUUUUGCAAACUAAAAGGAAUGCCGAAAGUCCCUGGAAGUGCUGCGGACUUUAGGUCGCUAACUGGUUUACUCUCUUUAACGCUCUCCAUUAUGAUCCUUUGAAUAUGAUAAUGGCAGAAACUUUUUUUUUGAAUAUUAUAAUAAGUCCCCAAUUCCUUAUAAUAUUUAUUUUAUUGUAUAUUUGUACUUUUUAUUACAAAAAUGUGUAUGUAUGGCGUGUUUGUAAGGUAUCGUAGCUUUAAGAUAUAAUUUAAUAAUAACAAAUUCUUGUGUUCAAA